GCAACACUGGCUCCAUUCUUCAUCACUUCCUAGAACAAUGUAAACACUCAAUAUAUUCUAAACGUUGACUUCAGGUCAAUCGCUUAUUUGAGUGUAUAUUGCAUCUUUCGGAGACUCGCUGUAUCCCCACUGGUCCCAUUCAGAUCCAUUCAGUCCUAUGGUGUAGGCUCUAUAGCCUCUACUCCCCUUCAUCGGCCGUCCCAUCUGGAUUCCCCCCACCCACUCAACCCUCAUCAUGACCGAGACGUCCUCGGUCCGUCCGUCGUCGUUCAAGCGUCCGUUGAGUCCCUCGCAAUAUCGUUCCCUCCAACGCCGUCCUCUGUAUCCACCGUCUACAGUCAGUCGCCGCAAAACCUUUGCCCAACGUCGUCCCCAAGUGGUCUUGGAAGAAGAUGAUUACGUGGAACGCGUUUCCUCCAUUAUCCAAAGGGAUUACUUUCCCGAAUUGAACCGCAUCCAGGCUCGAACCCGGGCCUUGGAUGGCCUGCCUCCGUUGACUAAUGCUCGCCAACGACCGUGGACAGGCCAAUCUACCAUUUCUGAUGCUUCGGAGACGUCCCAUUCCAGUAGUGACCCACCCGAAGGACCAACUCUGGAUAAGUUUCUAACCCGAUUCACGAGUGAAGACAAUGCCAGUUUUAAUGAAGUCAUGGAAGAGACGGAUGACAAGUUCCGGGUUGAACAUGCUUGGAAGUUCAAGGACGAUGAAGACAUGGCUCAAGCUUUGAUGGAGGAGCGAUUGAGAGUGCCAGCUAUUGAAGAUCAAGUGCAAGUGCCCAAAUCCGAGCAGAGUCUGAGUAAACCCUUGGAUACUUGGGUUUACACCAAUGCCAAUGCGGUGUUUUAUCCGCCGGAAGGCGUGCCCAUGUCGGCCGAGGAGUGGGCCGAGGCCAGCAAACGUGAUCGACAGAUCGUCUUUCGAAAUACCCGAUUCAAGGCUAAUCCUUGGAAGAGUGACCUUCACAAAUCGAGUGUGGAAGCCCAAGCCCACACCAAGCAAGAAAAAAGCGCGGGCAAGGUUGGACCGGAUGGGAAGACUUUGGAACGUCCGGAUACGCCGGCUGUAAACGGGUUCAAAUUCCUCAAAGCCAUGCCUUCCCCCAUGCCCGGAGUAGGUGAGUCACCCUUGAUGACUUGGGGCGAGGUUGAAGACACGCCCAGUCGGAUUGACGGAGGUACGCCCUUGAGAGGGGGUGCGGGGCCGAGUUUUUCUAUCCAAGAUGUGCCCAAACGUGACCGGAUUGCCCAUGGAUUGGCGGAAAAGAAUGCGCGGUUUUAUCGCGACAAGAAGAACAAGGCCAUGGAAAAGGCCCGAUCCAACAUGAGGACGCCCAAAAAAGGGGUGGCUUCAAUGAGUCCGGCUGCCCAGCGGCUAGCUUCAGGCAAGCUGGGUAUUCGCUUGGGCAGUGACAAGUUCCUGCGAGCUUCCUACACCCCCUCACCCGCCCGAUCCAAUGGGUCCGUCAGAUCUCGAGUUUCGUCCUCUAUUCGAUCCAGGGGUGGUAUCCAGACCCCACAAACCCCUGGCACCCCUGUCAUAGCGUCGGCCAUGCCCACGCGUCCAAUGGAUCACACGUCUUUAACAGAUGGACUUCUGAAACUUCCAUUGAAUUCUUCGUCUACACGAAUGAGUGCUGCAGAUUUGUUGUGAUUCAAUUAUCCCUUUCUUUAUAUGCGUUAAUGAACUGAGUUAGGACGAAAUAUAUGUUUUUUGAUAUUUACGUUGAAUGUCAGAUGUUUGGGCAACCAUCUUUUCUAUUGCCAGA